GGUCCGGCGCCCACCGCUCCGCCUGAGGGCCCGAGACCUGUCGCUCCAUCUGGGGGUCCGGCGCCCGCCGCUCCAUCUGGGGGUCCGGUGCCCGCCGCUCCGCCUGAGGGCCCGAGACCUGUAGUUCCGCCUGGGGGUACGGCGCCCGCCGCCCCGCCCGGGGGUCCGGCGCCCGCCGCCCUGCCCGGGGGCCCGAGGCCCGUCGCCCCGCCCGGGGGCCCGAGGCCCGUCGCCCCGCCCGGGGGCCCGGUGCCCGCCGCUCCGCCUGGUGGCCUGCUGCCUGCCGCUUCGCCUGGUGGCCCCGAUGUGCCUCUGCCCGGAGUCCAGCCCGAUGUGCCUCUGCCCGGAGUCCAGCCCGAUGUGCCUCUGCCCGGAGUCCAGCCCGAUGUGCCUCUGCCCGGUGUCCAGCCCGAUGUGCCUCUGCCCGGUGUCCAGCCCGAUGUGCCUCUGCCCGGACUGUUUGGAGCGUCCUGAGGCCGCUCCUUGAGG